CACUGAAACCAGCAGAGGGUGCCAGUGAGUGGGGUGUCGCGACAGGAAUUGGGAAACUAAAAAUCUUUGUUCGGCCUGCAUGUAGAAUUUGGUUUGUGUGGCCGAGACACACAGAUUGGUUUUUGCCUUGUUGUAAUAUAAUAUAACCCGGGACUCCCCCAGUUCGGACGGUGCAGAACUGGGCACAAAAUGUCUGCGACCGGGGAACCUGUCAGAUUGGAGCGAGAUCAUAUUCACACAACUGCAAUUGGACCAUGUGACCUACAGCAGAGGAAAGAAGACAUCUCUCGGGCCAUCGAGCUGUUGGAUAAGUUGCAGAGGACCGGAGAGGUGCCUCCGCAGAAACUGCAAGCUUUACAGCGAGUCCUUCAGAGCGAGUUCUGCAAUGCAGUGAGAGAGGUGUACGAACAUGUGUACGAAACAGUGGAUAUCAGUAGCAGUCCAGAAGUGAGAGCCAAUGCUACUGCCAAGGCGACUGUGGCUGCCUUCGCUGCCAGCGAGGGCCACUCCCACCCCCGGGUAGCGGAGCUGCCCAAGACAGAGGAGGGGCUGGGCUUCAACAUCAUGGGAGGGAAGGAGCAGAAUUCCCCCAUCUACGUCUCCCGCAUCAUCCCAGGGGGCAUCGCAGACAGGCAUGGGGGCCUCAAGAGAGGGGACCAGCUUCUCUCUGUCAAUGGGGUGAGUGUUGAAGGUGAGCACCACGAGAAGGCAGUGGAGCUGCUCAAGGAAGCCCAGGGGACGGUGAAGUUAGUGGUGCGAUACACGCCCAGAGUCCUGGAAGAAAUGGAGUCCCGCUUCGAGAAGAUGAGGUCGGCCAAACGCAGGCAGCAGAUGAGCUUUCCUGAGUAGCCUGGAGUACUCGGUGUCACACAGAGGUCUCUUCUGCUCUCUUCACGGGAAACAUCUCAGUUACUAAUAAAGACAUUGUUCACUGUUUUCUAUUA